ACACUCGUUUGAUUGCACUUGAAGAGUAUUGUACCUCCAUGCUGCCUCUCUCUCUGGUGCUGGGAACCACAAUGGCCAGGCUCGUAUGAGGGAGCUGCCCCUGUCACUACAGCACCCUCAGCAGCAGCAGCAGCAGCGGCGGAGGCGACGGCGUCACCGAAACACUGACACCGAGGCGCAAGCGGAGGAAUAUGACACACAUCUGAGAAAAGAAAGGUCAAUGUGGCUACUAAAGCAACUCUCUGGGGUAGUUGUCAGUCGUAGUGGAUUCCUGAGCCUCGUCUCUAUAGCAACCCAUUCCUCCUCCUGAGUACUGCUGCCAACUUACCCUCUCUGCCACACGACGAAUCUCUCCUCAUCCCCCUGGCCAAUCGCCGACUCUGAACUGCGUUGGAAUGGACACCGAGUCGACCCACUCAGGCUACUCCUAUCACUCCAGCCGCUCGGGGAGAUCAAACCGACAUGGGGAUCGAAGUCGUGAGCGGCACAAGGCCAGCAGCAGCAAAGACAGCAGUCGCUCUGAGAGGUCCGUGGUCAUUAACCCCCCUGACACGCCCUCCCAGGACUCCCCCGUUCACAAUGGAGAGCCGCUGCCAGGCGAGCCCACGCCAGCAGCAGAUCAGGGAGAUGAGGCCCAGGAUGAUAACUGGGGGGAAACCACCACCGCGGUGACGGGCACCUCAGAGCUGAGUAUCUCUCAAGAGGAAGUUGUUGGACUAGGGAAGGGAAUGCAGGACCGGACCCAAGGCUUCCGCCGUUAUCUUCCCCUGGCUGUGGGCUCAUGUGUGGGGCUGCUGGUGCUGGCCACGCCCCUGGCCUUCCUGCUUCUUCCAGCUGUAAUGUGGCCAGACAGGCUGCAGGCUUGUGGUGCAGCCUGCGAGGGCCUCUUCCUCUCCAUCGCCUUUAAACUCCUCAUCCUCUUGUUGGCCAUGUGGGCCUUGUUUCUUAAGCCAGGCCGUGCGAGCCUGCCCAGAGUGUGUGUGUACCGUGCCUUCCUCACCACACUUACACUCCUGCUCACCAUGUCUUAUUGGCUCUUCUAUGGGGUCCGGAUCCUCGAUGCACAGGACGAGGAUUACCAUGGGAUCGUCCAGUUUGCUGUGUCCCUCGUGGACUCCCAGCUGUUUGUCCACUACCUGGCCGUGGUGCUGCUGCAGCUCCGCCACCUCCAGCCCUGCUACAGCGUGUGUGUCAUCCGCUCCACAGACGGAGAGACACGUCACUACAACAUAGGACAGCUUAGCAUUCAGAAGGCCGCUCUGUCCAUUCUGGAGUAUUACUACAGAGAUUUCCCACUCCAUAACCCAGCCCUUCUCUCUGCCUCUAAGCACCGAGCUGCCAAACACCUGGCUGGGUUAAAGGUCUACAACGUGGACGCCCCUGGGAACACAGCAGGAGCGCAGCCUGGUAAUGGGAAUCAGUCACGGGCCAUGGUUGCAGCUGCCGGUAAACGCAAAGACAGCGCCCACAAUGAGCUUUACUACGAAGAGGCCGACUAUGAGAGGAGGGUCCGGAAACGUAGAGCCAGGCUGGUGGUGGCUGUGGAGGAGGCCUUCACACACGUCCGGCGAAUGAAGAAAGAGGAUGAGCGCGCAGCACCGUCUGACAUCAUGGAUGUGCGUGAAGCAGCUCUGGCCAUUUUUCCCUCAAUGGCCCGGGCCCUGCAGAAGUACCUCCGCACCACAAGGAGGCAGCACUGCCACAGCAUGGAGAGCAUCCAGAAGCACCUGGCUUUUUGCCUCGUCAAUAACAUGAGCCCUAAGGCCUUCCUUGAGGCCUACCUGGCCCCUGGUCCGACCCUGCAGUACGGCCCCGAGCGCUGGAUGGCCGACCAGUGGACUUUGGUCAGCGAGGCUUCCGUCACCAGCGGCAUAAAGGAGGGCUCAGAGUUCCUGCUGAGGUGUCUUGACUUUAGCUUAGCUGUGACCGUCAAGGCCAUCCCAUACAUCCGACUGACUGAGGAGUACAUCGACCCCAAGUCUCACAAGUUUCUACUGCUGCUCCAAUCAGAAACCUCAGUUUAACACAGCGGACCGAUGCCGCUGACUCUGGACUCACAGGACUGUUAUCUGACUGAAUUUUUUCAACAACAAAAAAAAACUUUUUGUACUGUUUUUUGUACUUCUGUUUAUCUAAUGUGCUCACAUAGAGUAUCUUUGUGUCCUCUUCUUUGUCCUGAGGGAAUAUGCUUGGAUUUCUCUGUCCUGACGUCUGCAGAACAUGGUUCAGGUAUUCCUCUAUGCACAACAGAUGACCCCUCACACAUUCUCUCCUUCCUUUUGCAUGUGCCGGUGUGUGCCUGCGUGGGAGAGUUCUUGAUUAUAGGAGGAGUGUGUGUGAUUUAGGAUGAAAAGGCAUGUGUGUUGUGAGUGUUGUGUACACUCGGGAUCUGUCUCGACCUGUCUCUUCUUUCUCCUUAGCGUUACUAUAGUAACCAGGACAUUUGAUAGAACCUGAACCCCUGCUCUUUUUCAGUCUUCGAUUAUUUAACUGUCCCGUGUUACAGAUGUAUGUACAGUAUUUAUGUGUGAAUAUACUUUAUCCCUCCAGACUUUUUAUAUCAAAAUUGUGCAUUGCUUGUAUGAUUUUUUUUUUACCUUGUCAAAGAUUUUUUUUUUACCUUGUCAGUCUGCGCUGUAUUUGUAGAGAUGACUGGACUGUAAAUAGAUGACGAUAUGUUUGCAAAUGUCAAAUCACUGAAAUCUCCUGGACUGAAUGCCAGCCACAGUACAGCUGAAUAUAGAUGGUCUAGCCAAUAGAUUGUGAACGAACACAUGCGACUACUUAUUAUGUAUGUACAGUUAAGUGUGUGCAGUGUACACUGAUUUUUUUUGUAGGCUAGCAGAGAGAUUAAAUGUUCGGAUGGCUAUGAGGUUCAUGUGGUUGACCUUUUAAAUCUCGUGUCAACUUUGUGCCCCUGAUUUUCAACUUAACUCUUCAUGUGGAGGGUGCAGUUUUGCAGCAUUUGUCUGCGUAAUGUCUCGUCUCCUGGACCAUCAGGUGACACAAAACCUAGAGGAAUAUUAAUUCAGCAACUUAAAAGAUUUCACUCAAAUUUCUAGUCACUUAUCUCAUGUUUGCAACUAUUUAAACAAGUGUAGAAGUUAAAUAAUUUAGUGUUAAUUAGCUCAACCCAGUGUCAGUAUUUCUGCUGUCAGUAUUUUGUCUCAGUGUCACUCUACUGCCACCUAUCUGCAGCUACUGGAACAGCAACACUGCCUUGAGCUUCACUCAAACUGUUGAUUUGUAUGAAUAUUUGAUCUGUGCUUUUACAACCUUUUGUAUUUAUGAAACCUGUCAUGUUGUAAAUUUAUAUUUACACGAGUGUUACUGUGGUCACUGACAGUGUAGUUUGUUUAGGCUUUUAGAGUGCUGAUGGUUGUACAUAGCUCUUGACUACACAUGUGCCUCAGUUAUACAUUCUUGGGAUGUGUUCAGCAUACAUGUGUAGUGUUUUUUUUAAGUGUGUGCAAGUGUGUGUGUGGAUGUGUGUGAGAGAGAGUGAAGAAAGGAGACCGAAAGGGAACUUAAUGAAGAAAAGAGAUUGCUUUCCCAAAUGCUUUGUCCCGGUUUUCUUUUAUACAACAGAACACGUAAAACCACAGCAGCUGUGUCAAAGUCACAUUUGUAAAAAAAAUAAUAAAUAUUUGUA